GGAGGUGACAACUCAUCGCUGGACCAUGGUGCUGUGAGGCUGAGCUGUCCCUUCCCCACUACUAAGUGCCAGGAUGCCCCUUGCUGCACUCCUCCUCUGCCUUCUUCUCCAGCAGCCAGGCAGCAGCAAGGCAUGGAAGCAGCAUGCCCCUCGCCUUCGUCUCGCCUACAAAGAUCUGCUGAAAUCCAACAGCUCUCACCUGUUGCUUGCCUCAGGGGACAGGAUGGAUUUCCAGGCUGUCUUGGUAGAUGAAGAUAGAGCCUGGCUGAUGGUGGGAGCAAAAAACUAUGUCUUCCUGCUCCAUUUGGACCAUCCCAGCAGAGAGCCUGAGAAGAUUUUCUGGCCAGCCUCCAGGGAGCAGGUGGAGCACUGCCAGCUGGCAGGGAAGAAUGUGGAGACAGAGUGUGCCAACUUCGUUCGCCUCCUCCAGCCCUUCAACAGGAGCCAUGUGUUUGCCUGUGGGACUGGCUCCUACCAGCCUGUCUGUGCCUUCAUCCAGCUGGGAGCCAGGAGCAAGGGUCCCAGGGCUUCCCACAUGCAGCUGGUGACCCACUCCUUGGAAUCAGGGCGAGGACGGUGCCCGUACAGCCCCCAUGAACCCUUCACAGGACUCCUUCUUGGUGGGGAGCUCUAUUCGGGCACCUCCAGUGACUUCAUGGGCAGCAGCGCUGCCUUCUUCCGGACCUGGGUGCAUGGGGCUGAGCAGAGCUACAUCCGGACGGAGCAGAACCAGGACCACUGGCUACAUGAGCCCGCGUUCGUCGGUGCCUAUGCCAUCCCUGACACCUACAAUCCCCACGACGACAAGGUCUACAUCUUCUUCUGUGAGAUGGCCACGGAAGCUGGGCAGUGGGAGAGGCGGCACAUCCAUGCCAGGGUGGCCCGGGUCUGCAAGAAUGAUGUUGGAGGGAAGCACAGCCUCAUCAACCGCUGGAGCACGUUCCUCAAGGCCCGCCUGGUGUGCUCCAUCCCUGGGCCCCAGGGCACCGAGACUCACUUUGACCAGCUUGAGGAUGUUUUCCUCCUGCGCACCCGGGACCCCCAGAACCCCCUCGUCUUUGGUCUCUUCACGGUUUCCAGCGGUGUCUUCAGCGGCUCUGCGGUCUGCGUCUACUCCAUGGCUGCUGUGAGAGCUGCCUUCAGUGGCCCUUUUGCACACAAGGAAGGGUUCGACUACCGCUGGGUGGAAUACAAAGGCCGCGUCCCCUAUCCCCGCCCCGGCACGUGCCCUAGCGAGACGUACGACCCGCUCCUGCAGUCCACCAAGGACUUCCCCGAUGAGGUGAUCAGCUUCAUGCGCACCCACCAGCUGAUGUGGGAGCCGGUGUACCCGCAGGGCCGCCGGCCCGUCCUGGUGAGGGUCAAUGUACCCUACCGGCUGCGGCGGCUGCUGGUUCACCGGCUGGAGAUAGAGAGCCGGCACUACGACGUGCUGUUCCUCGGCACAGAUGAAGGUAAAGUCCUGAAGGUGGGGCUGGCCGGUGGGGUGAGCCGUGGCACCGAGGUGAUCAGCCUGGAAGAGAUCAGUGUCACCAAGGUGCCUUCUCCCAUCCUGGACAUGAAGUUAUCACUGAAGCGGCAGGAGCUGUUUGUGAGCAGCACCCAUGGACUGCUCCAGCUCUCCCUGUACCGCUGCGAGCUCUACGGCCAGACCUGCACUGACUGCUGCCUAGCCAGGGACCCAUACUGCACCUGGGACAGCAAGACCUGCACCCCUCACCUGCUCACUGAGAAGAGACGUGCUCGCUGCCAGGAUGUGCUGAAGUCUGAUACGCUCAGUCAGUGCCAGGAUACCACAGAGGGAAGCACUGCCAUGGAGAAGCUAGUUUUUGGGAUGGAGAAGAACUCAACCUUCCUGGAGUGCCUGGCGCGCUCCCCACAAACAACUGUGCGGUGGCUGGCACGGCGUGGCGAGGAGAGAGGCCUGAGUGAGAUCAGGAACAACGGCCACUUCUCGGUGCUGGAGCAAGGGCUGCUGAUCCGCCAGCUGUCGAGGGAGGACGCUGGUACCUAUGAGUGCCAGGCAGUGGAACGUUCUUUAUCCCGGCCCCUCACCCAAUACAGUCUCCGUGUCAUCAGGCACGAGGCCGUGGAAGUGCCAUCUUACAGACAGAGCAAGGGAACUGAGCUAGGAGCAACCCACCAGAGCCCUCGGCCCUGGACUGACCUGCACCCGGGCUACAAGGGCUUUCCACGGGUCCUGGGGGCACCGGGCACCAGCCUGGAUGUCUAUUGCAAUGCCCUGCGGCUCCAGGAAAGGCAGCGGCAGAAAGCCUGGCACCAGAAGUGGCAGCACUCCUCCCCAGACAGCAAGAACAGCCGGGUGCGGAGGCACCCCCAGCCCCUGUGAGGGGGCAG